AAGACAUAUACUAACAGCUGUUGGGGAGAACGACUUCCUGUAUUCAUUCCUUCAAGGCAACAAGUAAAGCAACAUGUCAUCUACGGGACGUCAAAUCUUGGGAAUCUGCCUGGCUACGGUCGGCUUCUUGGGAAGCAUCGUCAUCUGUGGCUUGCCCUGCUGGAAGGUGACUGGCUUCAUUGGAGCCAACAUUGUGACCGCAGUGAUCGUUUGGGAAGGUUUAUGGAUGACCUGCCUGAUUCAUAGCACAGGACAGAUGCAGUGUAGGGUCUAUGACUCUCUGCUGGCACUUCCUCAAGAUCUGCGGAGUGCCAGAGCCUUGGUGAUCAUCGCCAUCAUUGCUGGGGUGUUUGGAAUCAUCCUGAGCAUCAUAGGAGGAAAGUGCACCAACUUUGUUAAAGACAAGGCAUCUAAAGCGAAGGUCGCUAUCGCCAGUGGUGUCAUCUUCAUCGUUGCUGGACUUCUUGUCCUCAUCCCUGUCUGCUGGUCCGCGAAUACCAUAAUCAUGGAUGUCUCCAACCCUUUGUUGAUGGGAGCUCAGAAGAGGGACCUUGGGACUAUGUCUUCUCUAGGCAUGCACAUGUUAGCGAGCGCCUUGGGCCUACUGGGAUGGGUGGGAGCCCUCCUGUCCUGCAUCAUGCCAAUGUGGCGCGUGACAGCCUUCGUUGGAACCACCAUUGUAACCUCAGAGAUCAUGUGGGAGGGCAUUUGGAUGAGUUGCGUGAUCCAAAGCACAGGCCAAAUGCAGUGCAAACCGUACGAAUCCAUGCUCGCGCUAGGCACGGAUCUGCAGGCGGCUCGGGCCCUCACAGUGAUGGCGAUCCUUUUGGGAGCAGUGGGCCUUGUUUUAGCCUUCAUCGGAGGAAAGUGCACCAUCUUCAUGGACCGAUCCAAAAGAUCCAAAGCCAGGAUCGCCACAACAGCUGGUGUCACGUUGAUUGUCGCUGGAGUUCUCUGCCUGAUCCCCGUCUCCUGGUCGGCUGGCAUUGUGGUGAGAGCAUUUUACAACCCACAGAUGGCCGAUUCGCAGCGAAGGGAGAUCGGUGGUGCCAUUUAUGUUGGUUGGGGUGCAUCCAUUGUCCUCAUUUUGGGUGGAGGAAUGCUCUGCACCACUAUCUGCAAAGAAAAAACUGAAGACGAUAGUGGCCGUUCUGUGAAGUACCUGAUCGUGCGCUCUUCACAGGCAGGGUCCAGCAGAAUGGGCUCCCAGAGGAUGCGUCCCAUCUCUGUGAGGUCAUUGCAGAGUGGCGCUCCAUCUGUGAGGUCCCAGUGGAGUCAGAAAGCUCCUUUGAAUCAGGGCAGACCUCCUUCUCUGGGCUCCUGCCAGAGCAGGCCGUCAACUACAAAGUCUCAGCUUGCCAGAGCCGAAUUGAUGUCAGAGUCUGAGUGGGACAAGGGGGAGUCGACUAAAUCCCAGCUGAUUGAUGAUGGUUUGGAUCAGACACUGGCUGCUUCUGAACCUAGUGAGACUGAAGAUGCUCCCAAGACAUACAUUUGAAUAAGGAGACACCUAGAAACUGCUAAAUUUGCGUUGAAUGAAGGACUUACAUGCACUUGGACAGUCAUAUAUCUGCCAUAACACUGUGAAUAUGAAGAAUGUGUGAUAAAAUGAAGAAUAUGUUAGUGGCUGAACCUUACUAUUAUAUAAAACCGAUAAAGAUCUCACUAAGUCAAUUCAGAUUUUUUUUUUUUUUAGAGAAAAUUUAAGGCACUCGAAGUGCAGCUGAUCGCAAUGAAGAUUUGCACUGUAACUUUAUAGUUCAUUUUAUAGUUAAUUUGAAUAGCUUCCAUACAUUUUAUGUCUUUAAUGUGUGUACAUUUAAUGUAUGUUCAUGAUUCUAAGUAGAUUUUUUGUUUCCUAUAAUACUAUGCACUGUACUUAGCACAGUUUUCUUUUGUAGGGUAAAAAAAAAGCUGGCGCCGCUUCAACAGACAUAUGGAAAUUUGCAAGUUUAAUUCAAAUAAUAUGUUGUUUUCCUGUUGAAUGAACCAGAAUGAACAUAUUUCUAGUUGAAAACAGGCAUAUAAAAGCACUGCUAUGAUCUUGGCCACACAGGUGGUCUUUCAGAGAUGGACAAUUGUUUGGUUCAAAUGUUACUGGAGGGAUAAGAACACUCUCUUCAUUGUUACCCUUUCAUGUAUGUCAGCUCGAGCACUGAAUGAAACGGCAGAUCCAGGCCAAACCGGUUUAACAGAAAGUAUCACCUCAAGGAAGUGCUUUGCAUUUUGUCGAGGCACAGAGUGUUUAAAAAGAGUUCAAAAGAAUGUACUGUAGUGAAGCUUAAGCUGUAGAGAUAAAACCAAAAUAAAAAUCUCAAUGUUUAUCCAUUUGGCUUGAAAUUUAAAUCGAAUUAACUGUUAAAAGUUAUGAAGUAUGGUCAACACUUACCUGAAUGCCUUUGCAAAUGCCCUUGUAAUAUUUGUUUAGUCAGAACA